CCAAGUUCGCCUCUCACUCACUCACAUUCUCUCCCAAUAUGACCAUAGUCUCAAAUGAUCCCGCUUGGUGGCUGACCAUCAAUGCAUACCGUUUUUCCAGCUAUUUAAUAGUUGCCGCCUUUGUUGGAGUGACGUAUGAUUGGGCGCUUAACAUUGGACAAGAGGUCGAAUUGGUCUGGCGCUACCUUGGAAUCUUAUAUUCUGCAGUGGGUGUAUUUUGUUUACUAACUUCAUGUUCACUAAUGACUGUCACGCUCUACUGCCACAGUUGCUGGAUUAUGUACGUCGUACAGAAUUGGACGGUUGUUUUGGUAUUUGCGAUGCUGUGGGUCAUCAUCAUCACUCAGUUGCAUGCC